AUGCUGUGUAGGUGUGGUGUGUAAGAAACAAUCCUAUUGUAGGUUUGUUUUUUUGACAGCUCAGGUCGGGGGACGUGUCUGGACAAUGAACCUCUGAAACGAGACUUCCUGUACCCAACAGUGGCCCCGGGGCAGGUGUACGACGCAGACGAGCAGUGUCGCUUCCAGUACGGAGCCUCUUCACGACAGUGCAAAUAUGGGGUAAGAAACCUGCAUCUCUCCGAAUCUACAAUAUGCGUACAGUCUCUCUCCCCUAUAGUGGAGGACCAUGCUGUUAAGGGAAUAGUUGAUCAUAAUCAGGGUUAGGGGUGUUAUUAUCAUAAUCAGGGUUAGAGGUGUUGUUAUCAUAAUCAGGGUUAGGGGUGUUAUCAUCAUAAUCAGGGUGUUAUUAUCAUAAUCAGGGUGUUAUCAUCAUAAUCAGGGUGUUAUUAUCAUAAUCAGGGUGUUAUUAUCAUAAUCAGAGUUAGGGGUGUUAUCAUCAUAAUCAGGGUUUUAUUAUCAUAAUCAGGGUUAGGGGUGUUAUCAUCAUAAUCAGGGUGUUAUUUUCAUAAUCAGGGUGUUAUCAUCAUAAUCAGGGUGUUAUUAUCAUAAUGAGGGUUAGGGGUGUUAUCAUCAUAAUCAGGGUGUUAUUAUCAUAAUCUGGGUUAGGGGUGUUAUCAUCAUAAUCAGGGUGUUAUUAUCAUAAUCAGGGUUAGGGGCGUUAUCAUCAUAAUCAGGGUGUUAUUAUCAUAAUCUGGGUUAGGGCUGUUAUCAUCAUAAUCAGGGUGUUAUCAUCAUAAGCAGGGUGUUAUUAUCAUAAUCAGGGUUAGGGGUGUUAUCAUCAUAAUCAGGGUGUUAUUAUCAUAAUCAGGGUUACGGGUGUUAUUACAUUUACAUUUUAGUCAUUUAACAGACGCUCUUAUCCAGAGCAACUUACAGUUAGUGAGUGCAUACAUUUUUUUCAUACUGGUCCCCCCGUGGGAAACGAACCCACAACCCUGGCGUUGCAAGCGCCAUGCUCUACCAACUGAGCUACAGGAGGCACAAUCAGGGUUAUCAUCAUAAUCAGGGUGUUAUUAUCAUAAUCAGGGUGUUAUUAUCAUAAUCAGUGUUAGGGGUGUUAUCAUCAUAAUCAGGGUGUUAUUAUCAUAAUCAGGGUUAGGGGUGUUAUCAUCAUAAUCAGGGUGUUAUCUUCAUAAUCAGGGUGUUAUCUUCAUAUUCAGGGUGUUAUCUUCAUAAUCAGGGUGUUAUCUUCAUAAUCAGGGUGUUAUCAUCAUAAUCAGGGUGUUAUUAUCAUAAUCAUCGUUAGGGGUGUUAUCAUCAUAUCACCAGAAGGAGACAUCAUUGUUUUAUUAGCACCUGGGAUAGAUGGGUCUCAUCAACACUCACCGGUCUGAUGUUCCUCUCUCCCAGCAUAUCUCACUAACCUAUCUCAAAGAGAGGGAGGAGGGAGGGAGGUUUUUACACAGACUCGCACACACGCACACACGCACACACACACACACACACACACACACACACACACACACACACACACACACACACACACACACACACACACACACACACACACCAGAGUUUCAUGGAAUGAUAAUGAUUACCCCCCCUCCCACCACCUUGCAGAAUAACAACCCAAGGUAAAUAAAGAGACACAAGCAGAGAGAGAACUAAACCAAGCCACAGAAACAGGAGAUGUUGAAUGAAAGCCACAAAGAAUUAAUGAACCAAUAUGGACAAUAAAAGAGUCUACCAUUAGUCGAGAUCAAGAGAGUUUAUUUAGUUUCAUUGAAAUAAAUAUCUGACAGCAGAUUACCACGGGCCCCAAAUCAAACCCUGUCAUUUUGUCUCUUAAGCUCUUAAUUGUGGUUUUAGAUCAGCAUGAAAGACAGACAUUUAUGAAAGGAGAGCAUUCCUCCAGAGCCUGGCUCAGCUGUGCUGCUCUGUGCCGGGCUGCUUCCACAGAACUAGCAUGUAGUCUUUCAUCUGCUAGGAUUCUGGAUUCUGAUCUGGAAUCAGAUCUGUUUCACUCAGCCUGCCAGCUGUCUGGCAAAGAGUUGUCUUUAGUUAAGAGCUUGCUGAUCAGAGCCAUGUAACCAUAGAAACAAGUAAAAGGUCUAUGACUAGAUGUAUAGUUUGCUUUCAGAGUUGAUGUUACACUUUUAGAAGAAAAGGUGCUAUCUAGUUCUUUGGCUGUCCCCAUAGGAGAACCCUUUGAAUAACCCUUUUUAGAACCCUUUUGGGUAGUUCUACCUGGAACCAAAAAGGGUUCUACCUGGAACCAAAAUGAGUUCUCCUAUGGGGAAAGAUGACCUCUCUUAUCUGGGAGACAGUUACUCUGUACAACACACAUAGCAGAGCAGAGCAGAGCCUGCUUUAGUGCCACUAAAGACUGAAGAGAAUAACUAAAAUAUAUGGUGGGGAAGAGAGGUGCAGUAACACUUAACAGUCACUCUUACACUUAAUGGUUGUGGUGACAUGUUCCUGUCCUGGAAGUAAAACUCAACUGGUCUCCAUUCCCAACCGUCUCCUACCCUACAUGUUCUAAUGGGGACAGAAAGCCCAGUGGAUAGGUUGGACUGUUGUUCCAACUGAAAGGACCGGACAGCAUAGCAGUGGUUUGGUGAAGUGUUUCAAUGCUUGCUCCUGUGGAAUUGUAUAAAAGAAGCCGAGAAAUUGUUGUUGAAACAUUUUCACUAAGCUCUGUUGCAACCUCAGUCAACAUUUUCCAGGGAAGCCCAAUUCACUGGCGAAAUCCCCUCACAAUGAUCUCAAACUGUGUUUUUAAUACACAAUGAAAUUAAACACAGAAUUCCCCUUGCUAAUCAGGAAACUCUUGAGUAUGUUGUGGCAUACUGUCAUUACAAUUGCGUCACGGUAACCUGGUCAAAUUAUAUUGGUAGUGUAGCUAGCCACUGAAUGGCUCUGAAUUCACUGUCAGCAUGCAGUCAAAGCUAUAACCUCUUUUGGAGCUAACUAGUGCUCUCAAAUUGUAUGUAUCCUGAUGUCGACAGCAGAUGGUAGUUGUAUUCAUAGCAUUGCUAACUUAGCUAACUAACAUACAUUUUGAGAAAACAAGUUAUUUUAAGUGGCUAGCUAGCAUUAGCAACUUUUGGUGGUCAAUGAGACUGAGAGCUAGCUAACCAGCUGAGCUAGCAAACAAUGUAACAAAAGUAUAAUUUCAGAUACGAAAAAUACUCCAUCAAUAGGUUUUGCAUUUCAGGAAUCACAGUAGCAAGUACUUCUGGUGCUCUGUUAAAUUAUUUAGCCAUUUCAACAUAAAAAAACAAAAAAAAACGUUUUAGCCAUAGCCCUCACUGGAUUUUAUGUGAUUUAAACGUGAGCUUGUCCAUGGUGUCGGAUUCGGAGGGGGGACUUAGCGAAGGGGCAAUUGAAUGGUAAUUUCUAACUGACACUCUCAGAAUGUUGGGAGUCACCAGGGGUUCUAUCUAGGUGGAAUACAGCUACGACCGGAAUUUACUUUUUCAUAUUAGAAGAACUUAUGCAGCAGGUUAGGAGAAUUAACGUAGCAGGUAAAAAGAGAGUGAGGUUAAGGUUAGGAAAAAGGUUAGGGUUAGGGUUAGCUUCCUCUCUGUUAGCUAGCUAGCGUAAAUCCCCCAGACCAGACCAGGGACACAUGUUCAUUUAGACCUGGUUUAGCUUCUGACUUUUCAGCCGCUACUGCGGCUCUGAGCGGGCCGGCAGGGGGCCAAAGAGCAGGGAGGGUGAGGGUCACUCCGUGAUAAGAGAACAUAUUUCAAACAUUGCUUGUUAGGGGGAGGUAGUUGCAGAAACGUUGGAAUGGUGGGGGGGCUUAUUGAAAGCAGAGCUGGGAGUGGCGCAGCGAGACAGGGCCGACAAAGAGUGGCAGUUUGCAGCUUUAUUUAAUCUAUAGCGUCUAGCAGCAGUAGAAGAGACCUGUAGAGACCAGCGGAGCCUGGACCUUAUUUACUGAACCGUGGGGUCAGAGCCUUGGCACAGGGCUGUAACUCUUCUUCAUGGCACUGCUCCUCUUCUGCUCUGCCGUACGCAGUUGUCCAGUAAAGCCUUUGAAGUGGAGAGGCGGAGGGGGAACCAUAGAGGUUUAAUGGGAAAUCUAAUGCAGGGUUGUCCUUGUUAUAAACACUCGGUUUUAAGAUUUAAUUUACUCCAGAGGAGAGACUCUGACUUGGAUUCUCUAUCUCCUCCUCUCUCGCUCUUUUUAUUUUUCUUCCACUCUCUCUCUGUCUCUCUCUUUCUCUUUCUUUCUCUCUCUCUCUCUCUGUCUGUCUCUCCUUCACUUUCUGUCUCUCUCUGUCUCGCUUUCUCUCUCUCUUUCUACCUCUCUCUCUCCUUCUCACUCUCUCUGUCCAGACAUAAAGAGUUCUCCCUCUGUUAUAAGAGCUAGGAGAUAAGAUGGAGAAAUCGUAGAAACAGAAGACGUUGUUUGUUUUAUAACUUCCUGUAGGACAAAUGUUUUGUUAUGUCUACAUUCUCUGUUCCCUGAGACUGUCUCCUCUCUGAGGGGCCGUUUGAUAUGCUCUCUGUUGUGAGUGCCAGAGUGAUUUCCUAUAACUGGUUAACAGUGGUUUCGGUGAACCGACGUUAGCCGGUCCAUGUUGCGGUAUGGAGGUGUUAGUCAUGGUGUUGUUGCUCCAGAUGACUCCUUCAUCCCUCAACACAGAGGGACAUUUGUAGAAUGGGUUGACCUUUGGGAUAUUGACUCUAAACAUAAACUUGGCUCAAUCCAUCAGACCUGGGUCAAAUAUAUAGCUACUCCAUCAGAUCUGUGUCAAAUACAUAUGUCUAAUACUUCCACAAAUUUCAGCUGAGCUUGAGUUAGUUUGCCUGGUGAAAUGGAACCUAUGGAAUAGUCCAAAGUGACUCCAAACAGUGCAACCUAUAUUUGAACCAGGUCUGCUAUCCUUGCAGGUGAAAGCAAUAUGGCGGCUGCCUACAGCCAGGUAUCUGCUCCCCACUGUCUGUUCAGCUCUUUCACCUCAGUGCAGAUGAAGGACAGGAGAUGAGGAGGGGAAGUCACAUUACAUUUUUGAGUAGAUCUCUAAGGCACUUCCACAGCCCUAUCUAUGGCAAUUGCUCUGCUUGUAAUACACUCUCUGCAGUGAAUUGCUUUAUUCUGACCAACUUGGUUUUGCCUUCUUUCCUAGGAAGUGUGUAGAGAGCUCUGGUGCCUUAGCAAAAGCAACCGCUGUGUCACCAACAGUAUCCCUGCUGCUGAGGGGACCCUGUGUCAGACGGGAAGCAUUGAGAAAGGGGUAAGUGUAUACUAGCAGUCUCAUUGUCUACACACACUAGUUAUCAUAGUCUAUACACACACUCUCCUGUAGUCUACACACUAGUUGUCUCUUAUAGUUUACACCAGGGUUUCCUAAACCAGGGGUCGCCUGAUGUGGGGUCGCCUGAUUUGAAAAUGGGGUCGCGAGAGAAAAUGUGUGCUUGAUUCAUAGAACCGGGGUUACGUAAGUAACCUCCGGUAGCUGCUAGAUGCGGUUGUAAUAAACAGAGCGAUUUCUGUUUUCUUCCUACAAAUGUGGCUCUAUCUUUUGAAUGGUUUAAGCUACCAAAUAUUAUGACUCCAUCACUGAAAGAUAAGACUCUCAUGUUCACUGUUUCCAUCAAUUAUUAUGUUAUUUUCUACACAAAAGAUCAUACAACAUUAUUGCUUGAUGAUCUUCUGAACCCAAUACCUUUCUGAUGCAUUUCAGUCACUUCACACCAUACUGUCUUCAGAUUGAAAUACUGUCAAAAAUACUGUCAGACUGAUUAGUAAUAGACUGCCAUAUCCCCAAUUAAAAAAGUAAACAUUGGCCGUUGAUUACCUCACUUUUUGUACAUGGUGGGGUCGCAAACAUUUUUUGAUAUCAAAAUGGGGUCGCGGGCCCUAAGAUUUGGGAACCCCUGGUCUACACACUUUAUCCUGUAGUCUACACACUAGUUAUCUCUAAUAGUCUACACACUAGUUAUCUCUUAUAGUCUACACACUAGUUAUCUCUUGUAGUCUACACACUAGUUGUUAUACUGUAGUCUAUACACUAGUUAUCUCUUAUAGUCUGCACACUAGUUAUCUCUUAUAGUCUACACACUAGUUAUCUCUUAUAGUCUACACACAAGUUAUCUCUAAUAGUCUACACACUAGUUAUCUCUUAUAGUCUGCACACUAGUUAUCUCUUAUAGUCUACACACAAGUUAUCUCUAAUAGUCUACACACUAGUUAUCUCUUAUAGUCUGCACACUAGUUAUCUCUUGUAGUCUACACACUAGUUAUCUCUUAUAGUCUACACACAAGUUAUCUCUUAUAGUCUACACACUAGUUAUCUCUUGUAGUCUACACACUAGUUAUCUCUUGUAGUCUACACACUAGUUGUUAUACUGUAGUCUAUACACUAGUUAUCUCUUAUAGUCUGCACACUAGUUGUCUCUUAUAGUCUACACACUAGUUAUCUCUUAUAGUCUACACACAAGUUAUCUCUAAUAGUCUACACACUAGUUAUCUCUUAUAGUCUACACACUAGUUAUCUCUUAUAGUCUACACACUAGUUAUCUCUUAUAGUCUACACACAAGUUAUCUCUAAUAGUCUACAUACUAGUUAUUUCUUAUAGUCUACACACUAGUUAUCUCUUAUAGUCUACACACUAGUUGUUAUACUGUAGUCUACACACUAGUUAUCUCUUGUAGUCUACACACAAGUUGUGUCUUGUAGUCUACACACUAGUUAUCGAAUAAUCUUCACACUAGUUGUUAUACUGUAGUCUACACCCUAGGUAUCUCUUGUAGUCUACACGCUAGUUAUCUCUUGUAGUCUACGCACUAGUUAUCUCUUGUAGUCUACACACUAGUUGUCUAUUGUAGUCUACACACUAGUUAUCUCUAAUAGUCUUCACACUAGUUGUUAUACUGUAGUCUACACCCUAGUUAUCUCUUGUAGUCUACACCCUAGUUAUCUCUUGUAGUCUACAAACUAGUUAUCUCUUGUAGUCUACACACUAGUUAUCUCUUGUAGUCUACACACUUGUUGUCUCUUGUACUCUACACACUAGUUAUCUCUAAUAGUCUUCACACUAGUUGUUAUACUGUAGUCUACACACUAGUUAUCUCUUGUGGUCUAUACACUAGUUAUCUCUUAUAGUCUACACACUAGUUGUUAUACUGUUAUCUACACACUAGUUGUUAUACUGUAGUCUACACACACUCUCCUGUAGUCAACUCAGCUCUCUCCCACCUCCAUAUCACCACCCCCCUUUCUUUCUUUCUUUCUUUCUUUCUUUCUUUCUUUCUUUCUUUCUUUCUUUCUUUCUUUCUUUCUUUCUUUCUUUCUUUCUUUCUUUUUUUUUAUUGGGUGAUGUGAUGGCAGGUAGGCCCACAUAGUGGGCCUCAGUGUCAGAGUCAAGACUAGUUACUGUGAGGUGUGUGGUAGCCAGACCUAGCAGGACUCAUUCUCUCCUCUCCUCUCCCAUUGUAUCCCAAUGUAUUACCCCCUCCCCCUUUUCCCCGCCACACACGCCAUGCUUUGAGGUCAUCACUUCACCUUCUGGUCCCAGGGCUAUCCGGAAUCCUUGGGACGUCCCUACCCCAUUGAAGUUGACUAAAUAAAAGUAGGUAAUUCUACCUAAGAAUUUGAGAACUUCUGAAUCAUCUUGUCACAGGAGAAUUUGGCCUGGUUGCUGUGGUAUUCCGGUAACCACGACAACGGAUGUUGACAUGUCGUUAGACCAAGUAUAAACUGGCCUUAAGUCUCUGCGACUGUAGCAAUGUCCGUUGUCGUGGUUGCUGGACUGCCACAGCAACCAGACCAAAUUCUUCGCUGACAAGAUGAUGUAGGAGUUCUAAAAUUCUCAGAUAGAAUGACCUACUUUUAUUUUGUCACACUGUGGCAGUAAGCUAUUUUCUGUAAACUCGCCAUUACCUUGUAAAUAAUUAUGUUGUUGUGGGUUUAUUUCCUGUAAUAAUUAAUCAAAAGUAGCUAAAGUUAAGACGUUGUCAGUUAUACUCAGGUCAUUAUUUGAACUGGCUAGCCAACUAGCUAGCUAACUAGCUAGCAACAAACAAAAAUAUUGUUUAGAAAAUUGCUUUUAGUUGCCUGGCUUGCUAGGUUGACAUUUACUGAAUUCAUUUUAAACUGAUGGGUUUCUUGAUGUUAAAAUAGAGAAAGUAUGCUAUUUGGAGCCCCGGGCUGCUGAUGUCAUGCAGAGGCUGUUGUUUUGUGUUUAUACUUUUUCAAAAUGACAACGACAAGUUUGAUGUCGGACGACAAUAGAAUGUUCAUGAUGUCGCUACACCAAUUGUCUACAGACAUGUCGAUAGACGGACUGUAAACCAGCCUUUAGAGUUUAGGGUAGGGACGUCCCAAGGAUCCCAGAUAGCACUGACCCCAGUGUGACUCGCCACGCUACGGUCAGGUUAGACGGCCGACAGUGAGACAGUUUUAACACAGAUUACGGCGGCCAUUGUCACCGAAUGGUCUGAGGUCUAAAAAGAAAGAAUAGGAGGCUGUCGGGCUGUCGUGUGUCAUUACCGUCUGCUGACUGGAGCCUUUCAGGGCCGGAGGCCACCGACAGGGUCCUGGGCUACACAGGGGGCCCAAGUUGAGAUCAGCUCAGGGGGCUUUGGAACAGGGGGCUUUGGGGGGAGGCUGAUGACGGGCUCCUGUCUGGGUUGAGGGUGGGUGGUGAGGGGGAUGAGGGGCGGCUUCAAAGGAACUCGACUGUCAACCAUUUGUCACCAGGCCUGUAAUGGAGAGGCCCUGCCAACUAGAGGGAGGGAGGGAGAGAUGGGAGGAGAGGGAGGGAGGAGAGGGAGGGGGACAAAGGGGAGAGAGUUGGUGGUGCGAAAGGUAGAGAAGGAUAGAGAGGAGGUAGGGAUGUGUGGGAGGGAAGAAUGGGGGAUGAGAAAGAGAAAGGGAGAGAGAUAAGGAGAAUAAAGGAGAUAAGAGAGAGAGAAUAUGUGGUUUCCCAGGAAAGACUAUAUGCUACUAUCCUAGACAUUGGUACAAACACACACACACACGCAGGUACACACACACAUACACACACACACACACACACACACACACUUGCAGGUGGUGAAAGGCUGAUAGGUGUGUGGGGUAAUAGACAGGUAGUGUGUGUCAGCUCCUCUCUGAUAAGACAUUCUCUCCCAGGCUAUUUCAGUCUAACUGGAAACACAGACAAGGUCUUAAGGAGGACUCUCUCUCUUUCUCUCUCUCCCUCUUUCUUCUUCUCUGCAUCCUCUCUCUCUCUCCUUCUCUGGCCUCGCUCUCCCUCUCCCUGCAGUGUUAAUCUUGUUUAUACAGUGUGUUAGUGCAUUACCCUUCUCUGCUCUGAGCUAAGGAGAAUGAGGACAGUGCCCUGGUUCUCUCUCUCUCUCCCUCUCUCUCCCCUCUCUCUGUCCUUCUGCAUUGUUAAUCUCUGUUGUGAGGGAGUGAGGGAGUGAGGGAUUGAGGGAGACUGAGGACAGUGGCCUGGUGUUUCACUGGCCCAGGAUAUUAACCUACUGACAAAGUUACAGACCUACAACCUCUACAACCUCUACUGUCUCUAAGCCCUGAGCACCACUGAGUACGUUUACAUGCACAGUGAUAAUUCGAUAAUAAGCAGAUUAUGGCACUUGGCAGAUUAUGCAAUAGUCAUGCAAACAUUUUACUCUGCUUAUCUUAAUCGGCGUAAGGCAAUCUUUCAAAUGAUGAAUGGGCGUUCCAGCAGUGUAUUUGAUCUGCGUGUGUACUAGCACCAGCCCAGCGAGCCUCUCUCUUUACCGUGAGUGAAGUGAGUUCGGAACAACUGAAUAUAUGUGUCUUAGAAGUUUUCACAUACCAACUUUAUAUGUCCGAACUCAGAAUCAGAUAUGCUUCCCAAAAAGAACACGGUCGCUGUGGUAGAACGUUUAUUUUGAUUGCCGAUUUUCUGCAAUUUUCAGAGUGCCAUCAGGUAGCCUGAUUUCAGAUGUGUCCAUGUAAACAGGAUUAUUAGGGAAAUCGUUCUUCUUGCAAAAAAUGAAAAACGUUUAAAUCAAACUAUUAUAUUAAUCUGAUUAUCCACAAUAAUCACAUUAUUGUGUGCAUGUAACCGUACUCACUGACACAGUUACAGACCUACAACCUCUACAACCUUAACCAAUGAUUAAUCCUCUCCCACUCUCUCUCACCCCUUCCUCCCUCCCCCCCCCCCCCUCUCAGUGGUGCUACCAGGGGGAGUGUGUGACAUUCGGGACGUGGCCCCAGAGUGUGGACGGAGGCUGGGGUCCCUGGUCGUCGUGGGGGGAGUGUAGCAGGACCUGCGGAGGGGGAGUCUCUUCCUCCAUGAGACACUGUGACAGCCCAGCGUAA